UUUUUCUUAUCGGUCUGCUGCUUUUGUUUGUGCGUGUUUCAGUCUCUUUUUGUGCGCUUUUCCGGCCAGUGCGUUUUACAAAACAUUUUCGUUGCAUUUAGUUGGAUUAUUUGCACAUUUUUGCAGCUGCUGUUUUGCUUACAAUACAAUUCAAUGGCAAUAUGCUAUCCUACGAUCUCAACGAACGUUUGCUGAGCGCCGUUCAUAGCGGCGACUUUGGCCAGGCCCUCAACUGCAUCAUCGAAGGUGCCCAGGCCACCUAUGUAUCCUCCACUUGUGGUCGCACUGCGGUCGGCACAGCUGCUCUGCUUGGUGAUGCCGAGCUCCUUGAACUCCUGGUGCAAUCCUGCGAAGAGCCGCAGCUGAAUCUCUUCCAGCCAUCUCACACAGAUACGUUGGAGAUGGAGAGCACACCAGAUGGCAUGGAAAAACUGGAAUGGGUCGAUGAAUUUGAGAGCGAGGAGAACGACUCGGAGAACUCAAAUGGCGGUGGCGAAGAUUCGCAACUAUAUCAUUACUAUGCCAAGACCUUUGAAAAUACCGGUGAAUUCUUGACGCAAUGCUGUCCCAAUUGCCGCCAACAGGAUCCACAUCUCUACGACUCCGAUUUGGCGACGCCACUUCAUUAUGCCGCCGCCUGGGGACACACCGAGUGUGUGGCUGUGCUGCUCAAGCAUCAGGCACCGAUCAAUGUGGUCAACAGCGAAGGCUACUCGCCACUUCACGUUGGCGCCGGCUUCGCGGAGGUUACGCGACUGCUGAUCAAGCAUGGCGCCCUGGUCAAUGCCAAGACACUAAGUGAUGGCAAAACGGCGCUCCAUUUGGCCAUCGAGAAUCGCUGCAGUGCCGCAGCACAGCUGCUGCUGCAAACGAACAUCAAUAUCAACGAGACCGAUGACGAAGGUGAAACGCCGCUAAUGAUGUCAAUUAUCUGUAAUCUUCAGGAGCUCGCAGUGGAGCUAAUCAAGCGAGGAGCACGCAUCAAUCUGCAGGAUAAGCGCGGCAGCACAGCUCUCUACUUCGCAGCCAUCGGACGCCAUUUACAGUUGGCGCAGCUGCUGCUGGAACGUGGCGCCCGACGAUUGCCUUCGCAUCAUCUGUUGCAUCAUUGUGUGGGGCCCACGCAGCGUGGAUCUGCAAUGAUCAAGCUGCUGCUGGAGCAUGGCGAUAGCCUGAGCCUGCGUGACGACGACAACUGCACACCCAUCAUGCUGGCCAUACAUCGCCAGCUGCCCAAGUUGCUGGCUUAUAUGUUGGAAGAGGCUGAUAAGCAACGUAGUCUAGGACUUUACACGGAGGCGCAGGACGAAGGACUGCUGCUGUUUGCCGUUCAGCAGAUCGAUGACAUCACACAGUUCAGCAGCAUUUUGCGGGUACUGCUCGCCAAACUGCCCAGCGCUAGACGCGAUCUCUACAGCUGCAAGGCGCCGGCCACGCUGGUCUGUGGCUUCGUCUACAGCGAAACACCGUUGGCGCGCGCCAUCAGCUUGCAUAAGCUGGACAUGGCGCAAUUGUUGCUACGCGAGGGCUGCCAUCUCUCACAAAUCUGCGCAGAGCAAGUGAUCAACGAGCUGAGCUCGCUGGGCACGCCACAGGCAUCUGUGUUGGCUCAACUACUGGCAAAUGCCGGUCUGAAGUUUCCUCAGUCAGUCACAAAUUAUCGACAACUCAGCUCGGAGCCGCGUUCGCUCCAAUCGCUGUCGCGUCAAGUGAUACGCCAGCAACUGUUGCUGCCGUUGCAACAGCAACAAUCGUCACUCCAUCAGCUCUGUCCGCCCACAGAGCAGAGUUCCACGCUCGCCCGCAUCGUAGAGGAGAAACUGUGCAUGCCCGCAACGUUGAAGCGAUAUGUGAGCGAAUACUCGGAGGUGCCGACAAUACGAAGCAGGCAAUUGCCGUUGAAUCCGCUGUUGCGUUCAAUAGAGUCCUGGGAUUAAGCACAGUGCAGGGU